GUAAACCAACAACUUCACACCUUUCAAAUACGAUCAGAGAUCUUUGAGGAGGCUCCCAAAUAGAAAAUGUCGGCACGAAGCCAGGAAAACGUCGUUGGAGCUAUCAUCUUCUUCUCGUAUAUUGUUGCAGCCCUUCUCCUGACGGGCAUCCUCUGUAACGAUGUACAGAAAGCAUUCUCGAAUAGACAAAGGAAGAACCAGCAAUCACUUCAAGAUCAAAAAGCUCGGAUAUCGCUUUCUGCUGCCCUAGCCACGUUGAGCUUUGCUGUUCUAUCAUACCAUAUGCUUAGCUUCCUCAUUCAAUCCUACCAGGCUUGGUCAACAGGGUCCGUCUCAUCAUCGACGUCCCCAGUGACCUUUCAUGCCUUCCGCUAUGCUGUGAAGAACCUCGUUCCCUCCGAAAUCUGGGCAUGGGCGGUCAACUCAACUCUUUUCCGGGAUUUUGCAGACGUCAUCUGCAACGACCCAGAUCAUUUCUGGUGGACACAAGCGGCGCUGCUCUAUUCCUACGCCUGGAAUGUGUACAUGAGCGUUGAAGGAGCUCGGAAGAAGGUUCCCCACCUCUGGGCAUACUUCCUGCUGGAUCAGAUCCUUCCUGUCUCCUUUACCCAGAAUAUGUUUCUCUUGUCGACGGUGCUUCAUGAAGGACGGAAGCGAGCACAGGACCUCAAACCUGUAACACCACUCUUACAGUCUGCAACCUGCCUUCUCUACCUCAUCACUUUGCGGGCAGCUCCGUCCAACGUUGGAGGCCGGUACUUUUUCCCGGUGCUCUUCGCAACGAGGAUCCUCCUGUUUGCUCCCUACCUGUUGCUGCAGCCAUCCCUGGUCGACUCCUGGCGAGUCCAACGGACGCCUUCGAAACACCUCAUGCAGGCGUACACACGGUCAUUUGGCAUGCUCGGCGUUGGUGGUGUGCUCUUGCAGGCAAGCCAGACGUUGAGGACGAAUGGUCUAAGCGGAAUCCUAACUGCUCUAAACAGCAAUCCUGCCGUCAGUGCACUCGCAUAUGACUUUCUGAUAGGCGUUGUCAGCAUAGCAGGUUUGGUGGGCGUCCGCAAGCCGAUGGGCUCUUCUGCUGCGUGA